GAAAGAACAAAGAAACAAAAAUAUAUCUUCAGUUCUCUACGGACUCAAAAGCCAAUGAAUUUCUGAAAGCUAGAUUUUCUCGCCCUAUCUGUCUUUUUCCUUACUCUUUUCUGUAAUAACCAUUAAAUGGAGUUUCAGAGUCAGCUUCACCUCUUUGCUCACGGGCUGAAAACAAACAAUUUGCCUUACAUUGAUAUAAAUAUAUUUGCUCUAUAUAUUGAAAACGAAACCAUACCCAUAUAAUCUCCUCCUCCUCCUCCUCCAUUGGAGCCUUGCAACACAAAAGAGCCAUGGCUUCUGGAGGAAACAGAGCUAAAACUUCUGCUUUCUUAGUGUUCCUUCUUCAGCUUCUUUUUCUCCUGGGCUCCAAAGGGGCCUCAGGCCAAUCUCCAGUUUUCGCCUGUGAUGUUGGCAAGAAUCCCGGCUUGGCUGCCUUUGGGUUCUGUAAUACUUCAUUGGACAUUGCUGCAAGGGUAAAUGAUCUAGUGGAGAGGCUUACAUUGCAGGAAAAGAUUACUUUCUUGGUGAGUAAAGCAGGGGCAGUGAAUAGGCUGGGAAUUCCGAGCUAUGAGUGGUGGUCUGAAGCUUUACAUGGAGUAUCUUACGUGGGUCCCGGCACCCAUUUCUCAAGUGCAGUCCCUGGUGCUACAAGCUUUCCUCAGGUCAUUCUAACUGCAGCUUCGUUUAACACGUCUCUGUUUGAGGACAUUGGAAAGGUGGUGUCUACGGAAGCUAGAGCCAUGUACAAUGUGGGCCUAGCUGGGCUAACUUACUGGAGCCCAAACGUCAACAUAUUCCGAGACCCCAGAUGGGGAAGAGGCCAAGAGACUCCAGGUGAAGAUCCUCUGCUCUCCAGCAAAUAUGCAGCAGGUUAUGUUCAAGGUUUGCAGCAAACCGAUGAUGGAGACCCCAGUCGGCUUAAAGUUGCUGCUUGCUGCAAGCAUUACACAGCAUAUGAUGUGGAUGCAUGGAAGGGUGUCGAUCGCUAUCACUUCAAUGCUCAGGUUACUAAACAAGACCUGGAUGAUACAUUUCAACCCCCCUUCAAGAGCUGUGUCAUUGAUGGGAAUGUUGCUAGUGUCAUGUGCUCUUAUAACCAAGUAAAUGGGAUACCGACCUGCGCAGACCCGGAUCUUCUCGCCGGUGUCGUUAGAGGAGAAUGGAAAUUAAAUGGAUACAUCGUUUCAGAUUGUGAUUCAGUGGACGUACUUUACAACAAUCAGCACUACACCAAGACCCCAGAGGAAGCCGCUGCUAAGACUAUAUUGGCAGGGUUGGAUCUCAACUGUGGAUCUUUCCUGGGGCAACAUACCGAGGCUGCAGUGAAAGCUGGGCUGCUUGAUGAGUCUGCCGUCAACAAGGCAAUCAGCAACAACUUUGGCACUCUCUUGCGACUGGGCUUCUUUGAUGGUGACCCAAGUAAGCAACUCUAUGGGAAACUCGGCCCCAAGGAUGUCUGCACCCCAAAGAACCAGGAGCUGGCCCGUGAAGCUGCGAGGCAAGGGAUUGUCUUGCUCAAGAACAGUGCGGGUUCAUUGCCAUUGUCACCCACAGCCAUCAAAUCCUUGGCAGUGAUCGGACCCAAUGCCAAUGUGACAAAAACCAUGAUCGGGAACUAUGAAGGCACUCCAUGCAAAUAUACUACUCCUCUGCAAGGCCUCACAGCCUCAGUUCCGACUCUCUAUCAGCUGGGCUGUCCCAAUGUGGCAUGCGGCAGUGUACAACUAGAUGAUGCCAAGAAAAUAGCCGCCCAAGCAGAUGCCACAGUUUUAGUAAUGGGCGCUGAUCAAUCCAUCGAGGCAGAGAGUCGUGACAGAGUCGACCUUCAUCUCCCUGGCCAGCAGGCACUUCUGGUAACAGAAGUUGCAAAUGUAUCCAAGGGACCCGUAAUUCUUGUUAUCAUGUCUGGGGGAGGCAUGGAUAUCUCAUUUGCCAAAGGCAAUGACAAAAUCACGAGCAUUCUUUGGGUUGGUUACCCCGGUGAAGCUGGAGGAGCCGCAUUAUCAGAUGUGAUCUUUGGAUAUUAUAAUCCUAGUGGAAGAUUACCCAUGACAUGGUACCCACAAGAGUUUGCAGACAAGGUCCCCAUGACAAACAUGAACAUGAGAUCAGAUCUGGCCACUGGGUACCCUGGCAGAACCUAUCGGUUUUACACAGGUGAAACUAUAUACUCAUUUGGUGAUGGCCUGAGCUACUCUCAAUUCAACCAUCACAUUGUCCGGGCACCUAAACUGGUAUCAGUUCCCUUGGAGGAAGGUCACAUUUGUCACUCCCAGAGAUGCAAAUCUAUUGAUCUCUUUGAAGGGAGUUGUCAAAACCUAGCUUUUAAGAUUCAUUUAAGAGUUAGGAACAUGGGAAGGAGGAGUGGAAGCCAUACAGUUCUCCUGUUCAACACUCCUCCAUCAGUACACAAUGCCCCUAAAAAGCAUUUGCUCGGAUUUAAGAAGGUUUUCCUGACAGCUCAGAGUGAAGAAUUGGUCAAGUUCAACGUGGAUGUUUGCAAGGAUUUGAGUGUUGUAGAUGAGCUUGGGAGCCGAAAAGUGGCCCUGGGUUCACAUGUCCUUCAAGUAGGGAGCUUGAAACAUUCUUUGAAUAUCAAAAUUUAAAUUUGAUCCCUUUGGAAAAGAAGCAAGAAGCAAGAGCAUGAUUUCUCUCCAAGUUUUCUUUGGAGAUUGGUAAUAAGAACCUCCAAGGAAGUAGGUUCAACAAGCAUGUAUGCUGAGAGAGUGGUAAAGCUUUUCUCAAAUGCUUCUAUGGCCAAUAUGAUCAUAAUGAAAGUCUCGAAAUCCAAAAAUAUCUACUUCAUCUUA